CAAGAGAGAGAAACUCAAAUAGGGUUUUAGAGAGAUAUAAAGAGAGUGAAAGUAAGAAUGCAACACAACAACAACAACAACAAAUGAUGGAUCAUAUCGUAAUGAAGAAGAGGGGGCGUCCCUCCAAGGCAGAUCUAGCUUGUCGCUCUGACAAAUCUUUGGCCACCUCGCAACCAGACCUCCGACGAAGUCUUCGUCGUCGUCGGAAUGUGAGUUACAACAUUGACUACCUCAACAAGGAAGAUGAGGACCAAGAAGAGGAUGAGAAGAGGCACAACAAGAAGUUAAAGCUCGUGGUGAAGUUCAACAACAAUGAAGAAAAAGACAAGGAUGAGGAUGACUACAUGCCAAGUCACAGAGGGGAGCGUGGGGUGCAUGCAUCGUAUGAAAAUGAGGUAGAAAAAGAAGAACAAGAAGAAAAAGAAGAAGAAGGGAAUGAGGAAGCGAAGAAGUAUGAAGAAGAGCGUGAGGUAAAAGGCAAAAAAGUGGAUUCUAAAGGGCUCUACUCUACUUCAGUGUUAGGAACUCCAUCAAAGCUUCCACCUGGGAUUCCGUUGCCUGACAAGAGAACCUUGGAGUUUAUCCUUUACAAGCUUCAAAAGAAGGAUACAUAUGGUGUGUAUGCAGAGCCAGUGGAUUCGAAAGAGCUUCCUGAUUAUCACAAAGUGAUUAAGCAUCCAAUGGACUUUGCUACAGUGAGAAAAAAGUUGGAAAAUGGAUCUUAUCCUACCUUGGAACAAUUUGAGAGUGAUGUAUUUUUUAUUUCCUCAAAUGCAAUGCAAUUCAAUGCGGCGGAGACCAUAUACCACAAACAGGCACGAUCAAUACAAGAACUAGCAAGGAAAAAGUUUGAAAAGUUAAGGAUUGACUAUGAACGUUCUCAGAGUAAGCUGAAGUCUGAACAAAAAACAAGAUCUAAUUCCCUAACUAAGAAGCUAGGAAAGAGGCCGCUGGGUCAAGCUUCACAGGAACCUGUUGGCUAUGAUUUUACCUCAGGUCCAACUCAUGCUACUAUUGAAGAUGUAUUGCCAACUUCCCUUCCAAUGCAAGGUGCUGUAUGUGAAGGGCCUGGCAAUAUUGAUGGCCUUCUGGAGGGGAAUGCUUUCUUGAUUGAUUCAAAUCAAGAGAAAGUAGAAGACUAUAUACCAGGGAGGGAUCUGCUCUCCAAGUUGGGAAGGAAACCAUCUGUGCAAGAUAAUAUGUCUAAUCUACCAGCUACUAGAUCGGAUUCCUUAUUUACAACAUUUGAGGGUGAAGUUAAGCCACAGCUAGUUAGUGUUGGACCACAAGAUGAAUAUUCAUAUGCCAGGAGUUUGGCUCGUUUUGCUGCAACUCUGGGACCUACUGCAUGGAAAGUUGCUUCCCAGAAGAUUCGGCAAGCACUGCCACCUGACUGUAAAUUUGAUCGUGGUUGGGUUGGAGAGUAUGAACCACUUCCAACCCCAGUAUCAAUGCUUAAUAAUCAUGCCCAGCAACAACCUAGUUUAGCGACUAAGUUGCAGUCUACUACUGAAUUCAUAGAGGUUGAAAAAAAUUGUAAGAAUGUGGAAUCCACCAUGGAACAAUAUUCUGUUAAUGGACCAAUGCAUGAGGGAAAACAGCCUACAGCCUGUUCUAGUAGUGGGCUUACAUCAGAUGAAAAAUCAUCCUUGUUUGGUUCUGAUGGACCAAGACCCAAUUCUCCUGUCAAUCUCUUUUAUCAGCAGCUCAAUGUCCAAACCAGGAACCUCGACAAGUAUGAGAACAAGGGUUCGAAACAAGUGGAAUUCAACUCUUUACCCUCGAGUGAUCAGAAUAAUGCCAGCUUAGUUGCAAAGCUUACAAGUAAUAAUACACCUGCAGCAGUGUCUAAGCCCAGAGAAAUGGUUCCAAGUAACAUGAAUAUUGGUUCCCAAUCUCCUGGGUCACCUGCAAAACAAUCAUCUGGGGUGCUGGUUGACUCUCAGCAACCAGACCUUGCUUUGCAACAAUGACAUGGAAUUGUUUUAUUUCUGAUGUGGAUGUCUCCACAGGAAUAUAUUGACUGAUUGUGGAAUUUCAUUCGGCUUCUGUCAAUUUUCAUCCAAAAACCUUCUUGCAUAAAUGAGAAAAAAAAAAAAAAGGCCUCUUCCAUUUUGCUUCUUUAAUUUGGAACAGAUGAAAUGAAUACCAUGUGCUUGGGAAGAUUGUUUUCCGUUGGAUGCUUAUGUUGGGGAUCUUAUGAUGGUUUUCUUAAGUAGGAUUUGUCAACAUAGAAGACUUGAGCAGAUUUGGCAGAAAACAAUUUCAAGACUUUCCAUCUUUUCCAGAUGACAAUUACCGAGUUAAUGCAGCAUGUCUGUGCUCUAUAUCCUAGAGUUAAAAUCAUAUAUAACAUUUAGGAGUCGUUCAUGAUCAAGCGUUACUUAGAUUUUUCAAUUUGUGAGCAAUAAAUCCUGUUGAUGAUGCUUUACAAAUGGUUGAAAUUCGGUUGCCUUGAUAUUGAUUUCAUUAGAUGAUUAUAACUUGUUUACCUGAAUUGAUGGGCAAGGCAUCACUUGUUGUUAGUUCUUAAUGCUGCUAUAUUUUUCUUA